AUGCACUGCGAUUUGCCGUGGCAACGGGAGAAGGAUAAAUCUCGAUUGGAAAUGAAAAAAAUGAACAUAAGCGAUAAAGAUUUGUUAUGCCAUUUUCCAGAAGAACUACAUCCGAUAGUGUCGCAUUUACGCGAUUUGAAUUGUUACAAUCGACCUGACUAUUCAAUGAUCCAUCAGUGUUUCCUAAAACUGAUCAAGCGGAUUGGCGUAGAGUAUGAUGAUCGUUAUGACUGGGAAUCUGAAUUGCAGCUUCAGUAUAUUGUAAGUUUAUCUUCGUUUUUGGGUCAUCUACUCCCUGAGCUUUAG